UUAUUUUCGCAAAUGUAUCUACCACCUGAAUGUGUUAACACUAUGAAAUACCCUGCCUUUUGGCAGAACACGAAGAAUCCUUCGCUCAAAAACUUUUUAGAAUUCCGACUUCAAAUAGGAAGAGCUUUAGAAUGGAAAGAAGAUUUUAAGGCGAGAAUACUUAUUUUAUUUAUUUGGGCUGUUUCAGAGAAAGGCUAUAUGUUUCAACAGACUAUUUUGUGGAAAGAAGGGAUAAUGGAGUUCGAAAAUAUAGGUCUCUGCCAUCUUAAAGAGGCCUCGUCUGCUGUGCAAAAAAAACAGGCUUUAAGUUAUACGUCUAACAGACUACAAUAUACACCAACACACAGGAUAAACCUCCAAUUGUUUAAGACAUUAGAUCUACAACGCAUAAAGAGAAUAAGGACCGCCAAACGGAAACAUGAAGAUUUUAAUUCAAGAUUGCUGGGGACUAUCGUAACUGAAGAAGAUAGUGAUGAAGGUGAAGGUGAUGAAAAAAAAGAGCUGGAGUCGUCUGAUGAUGAAGAACAUGAAAUUAUCGUCAACGAAAAUUUUCUAACCUUUGACGAAGCAGUUCAAAGAUUCGGCAGAUUACAUAGCAAACUUCUUGCUGUGGAUCUGCUUGAUGAUGGUCUGUAUUUUGGUCUGGAUGGACCCACCUUCAAGUUUCCUUCACAAUUAUUCAAUAUAAAGGUUCUACGCUACGAAAUUAGAAGUAUUAUACUUCUUCAAGGAACGUAUAAUGCAGAAGGUUACUGUGAUUUUACGAUACAGAUAAAUCCAUAUAAAGAAAUUUUUUAUUAUGUUGAUGAGUAA